GAACAGCGCUCUGAGACACGAGCAGAUGUUUGCAGAUCGUUUCCUGCCGGACGCCGAGGCAUCUGAAGCUCUGGGUCGAACCUGCUGGGAGGCUCUGAUCACCCCCAUCGUCCACAGCAUCACACUGUCAGAAUCCUCGGCGGCCAGCCCUCUGUCCUGGCUGCUCAGUGAGUACCUGGAUAACGCAGAGUCGGCGCGCCGCUGUAAGAGCCGGGCGGCCAUCUUUAACUCCAGAGUGAGGCGCCUCACACACCUGCUGGUCCACGUGGACACGAGCCGGCCCGACAGCGAGGAGCUCAAACCUCCCAUCAAAUCAAACGGUCUGAACCGAAGCAAAGAGCUGAAGAGUAAGUAACAGAGUUCAGAGGCCGGCCGCUGCUUUUUCUCUGUUUACACUCUGUUCUGU